GGCGACUAUCAUUGACGGUAAGUUAGUAGUAGUUGGGUCACGGUGCGUCGGGUCUGGUGCGAUUUACGGCCGAUCCUUAAAUAGUGAUCUGUCAAUGUGGGUGUGUUUUCCAUUGAGUUCUUUGCUUCUUCUCCCUUUUUUUUUUGUCGUCCCCCAUCUUGCGGUUGCCCUGCAAUGGUUGUCCUUUAACAUUAGACCACGUAGAGAGUACUACUUACUGUAUCGCGUAAGCACCCGCGGAGACAUUCCUCAAGGGAAUAGUGACGACGAGAAUACAUCAGGCGGAGGGUGACCAUGGUAGUGAUAGCACAGUAAUGAUGUUG